AUGGCCGACGCUACCAACGACAACGAAAAGGUCUUCCCAGGCGGUUUCGCUGUUAUGACGGUUGCGGGAUCCGGCAUUGGCGCCAGCCUUGCCCGUCGCGCAGGCCAACUCGGCAUGACUGUUGUUGUUGUCACCGACAUCUCAUCUUCCCGCGCUGAAGCAGUGGCGUCCGACAUCCGCGCAGCUGGUGGGAUGGCGGAAGCGAGGACGGUCGACGUCUCAAAAGCCGCAUCUCUGGGCGAACUCGCCGUCUCCGUAUUCGAAAUGUUCGAAAAGCACGAAAGUGUGCGUUUCUGGGCGUUUAUGCCUACGAUGCUGGAGUCGGGGGCGCCGGGGGAAAUUGCAAAUCUCUCGUCCGUCGGUGCUUUCAGCGUCAUGCCGACGCAGACGGCAUACAUCAUGACCAAGAACGCCGUGCAAAGCUUCAUAGCAUGUAUUUUCCUGGACCUUGAGCUGAAGAAUGUUCCGAUCUCAAUUUCCUGUGUGAUUCCGGGUAUGCUCAAAACGAGUAUCUUCGAGGGGAGUGCAGGCCAGGACGAGGGUUGUAAGUCGAUACUGGCGCAAGUGGCGGCCAAAAGAUGCUGGGUCGAAACGCAGCCGGAGAUGACGCAUGAUACAAUUCGCUCCCGCGUCGCCUUCUUUAUGAAUAGGAAAUAA